AUGUCAAGUGAAGUGACAAGAGCUGACAAAGAAUAUUCUAAAAAGACUCAUACACAUACCAUUGCAAAUAUUACAAACUUACAAGAAACCUUAAACAGGAAAAGUGACGUUGGACAUACACAUACCAUUGCAAAUAUUACAAACUUACAAGAAACCUUAAACAGGAAAAGUGACGUUGGACAUACACAUACCAUUGCAAAUAUUACAAACUUACAAGAAACCUUAAACAGGAAAAGUGACGUUGGACAUACACAUACAUCUUCUGAAAUAACAGACUUAAACGUUAGCCUUGAAAAGAAGGCAGAUAAGAACCAUACACACGAUUUCUUCGCAACUGUUGGUAUAGAAAAUAUUGAAGGAACGGUUGAAGAAACUGGUGGGGAUGUAUUAAAUUGGAAACCUCCUAACUUUCCACAAGGUUUAACAUCGGAGGAUGACAUAACAACGAUGAAAUACACUAGAUGUAGAAAUGUCUAUGUCAUGGAGGAUGAAAACAAUGUUAAAUUCACUGCUCAAGAUUUAUAUGAUAAAAAAGCUGACAAAACAGAGCUUCAAACGUUAAAGACAGAAAUACUUCAAACAGUAUAUCCUAUAGGUUCUAUUUACACGUCAAUGAACUCUACCAAACCAGAAGUAGUACUUGGUUUUGGAACUUGGACUCAAAUAGUCGACAGGUUUUUGUAUUGUGCAAACUCUUCAAAGGAAACAGGUGGAAGUAAAACGAUUUCAGGUGCAAAUUUACCUGCGCACAGUCACUACAUAGAUUUAAGUACAUCUGAAGCAGGUUGGCAUAAGCAUAGAUUUUGGGAUUGGUCAGCAAUGAAAAAAGGUAAAGGAUAUGAUGUUAAAGACGACGUUCAGUUUGCUAUAAAUUGUUUCUGGGGUAGCACACAGGGAGAAGGAAACCAUACACAUCGCGUUUCAGGGUAUACACAAACAACGGGACAAAGUAAAGACUACAUGCCACCUUACAUGACAGUUUACGCAUGGUAUAG